CGAAGCGAUGAUACAGUCAAGGUGGUGGUACGCGUCCGCCCGCUUUUAUCACGUGAGACAUCAGCGAAGAUUGUACACGCAAACAAAGAGGAUCAAACGGUGACCGUCGUUUCGGAGGCCAGCGAAACAACAUCAACAGGCGCAACGCCGCUGGGACGGAGUCGAGGCACAGCAGCCCACUCUUUCAAGUUCGACCACGUUUACGACGAAGAAAGCUCACAGGAAGAGCUUUACGAGUCCACAGCACGACCUAUUGUGGAGAGCUGCUUGGAAGGCUAUAACGCAACAAUUUUCGCGUAUGGGCAGACAGGCACAGGGAAAACGUACACAAUGACUGGUGCUGAUGGGCAAGUUAACAUUCGGGGCAUCAUCCCAAGAAGUAUCGAACAAAUAUUUGGCCACGUGUCUUUAAACACAAACAAGAACGUAAGGUUCCUUGCGCGUGCAUCGUGUAUUCAGAUUUAUCAGGAGGCAGUGAUUCCCUCAGUCGCUGUGUCGCAGCACGAGGCCCUGGCCAUCCGCGAAGACCCAAAGCGCGGCGUGUAUGUGGAUGGGCUGUCUGAAUGGGUUGUCCGCCAGCCCUCAGAAGUUUACGCGCUAAUGGAUCGCGCCAACCGCGUCCGUGCGACGGGCGCAACGAAAAUGAACGACUUUUCCUCGCGGCAAGGAGCAUACGUGGCAACCCGCGUAGACGGAUUUACACGGGUCUCUAGGGUCGGCAAGCUAAAUCUGGUAGAUCUCGCUGGCAGUGAACGCGUCCGCGUGAGCGGCGCAACAGGCCAACGCCUGGAGGAAUCGAAGAAGAUUAACGCUUCCCUCUCUGCACUUGGAAACGUUAUUGCCGCUCUAUGCGAAUCACAAAAAGGUGGCAUGCGCAAGCAUGUGCCAUACCGCGACUCGAAGCUCACCCGCCUCCUAGAAGACUCCCUUGGGGGGAACUGUCGCACGACCGUGCUCGCGACCAUAUCGCCAGCGGCCGAGGCAUCCUCAGAAACAUUAUCGACACUCAAGUUCGCAACUCGCGCCAAACGGGUUACCAAUGCCCCGCGCCUAAAUGAAGAUCUUGAUCAAGCCUCUCUGCUUCGGAAGUACGAGCGCGAGCUUCGUCGCCUUCGGGUGCGUGUCUGCAAACGC